UCUGCCGACCCUGAUCGCCAUUCCCAUCCUUUCCUGGAGAGGCUCACCGACGCGGAGCUCCCCUUUUGUGUCUUCCUGGGCUUCCGAGAGUUGACGCCAUGGAGGUGGUGCUGAUCUUUCUAUGCAGCCUGCUGGCCCCCACGGUUCUGGCCAGUGCAACUGAGCAGGAGCAAGAAAAGGACCCUUUUCAUUAUGACUACCAGACCCUGAGGAUCGGAGGCCUGGUGUUUGCUGUGGUCCUCUUCUCUGUUGGGAUCCUCCUCAUCCUCAGUCGCAGGUGCAAGUGCAGUUUCAAUCAGAAGCCCCGGGCUCCAGGAGACGAGGAAGCCCAAGCGGAGACCCUCAUCACCUCGAAUGCAACGGAGCCCCAGAAAGCAGAGAACUGAAGUGCAGCUCGGGCGGAAGCCUCCGGAACCUGAGGCUGCUCCUCGACCCUUAGAUGAAGAUGUUGAUGCUUAAGAAAACCGGCCACUUCGGCGACCUUUCCCAGGAGAAGCCAAGAACCUGCGUGUCCCCUGUGCCCGUCCCGCCCCCAGCCCCCUUCCUCACUCAGCGAUGCGGCCACACUAACCUCCCCGCCGCAGCCUGCCGUCUGUCCCGCUCCAGUAAUUGUCUGUGUGUCUGUCUGUGUGUUUGCUGACUGUGGUCUUCGUGGCUACCUGUCCGUGGAUGGUACCGUGUUAGUGAACUGUGGCCUCGCUUCCUGGGCGGGGGCUGAGCCCCGCAGCCAUCUGCUCCUCCCUGCCCCCUGCCCUCCCUCACCUCCUGCUCCUAGGAGUCAGCUUUCUCCCUGAGGGCCCAGCCCCUUCUCUUGAUGUAGGGAUGGUGUAGGGUAGGAGCGUGGCGGGAGUCUUCAGGCGUCUUGGGACCUGGAAGGUUUGCAUCCCCUUUAUCUAAUCACCCUCAUGGACUUUCUUACUCCUCCCUGCUCCUACGGGAAGCUCACUUCCAUAUCCGCAGCCUGCCCUGCCCUGAGUCUGUGCCGAAGGUCUCUUAGCAGUCGGAGUCCUCUGUGGUCGUUUUCCUCCUGGGGGAUUCCACUGCAGGUUCCUCCCGCCUUGCCCCUUUGCAGAGCGCACAGGGGUUCCAGGCCCGGGGCUUCCACUCUGCCCUGGGGAAUGUGCCCCUUGCAUAUGUUCUCAGCAAUAAUGCCACGGGCUCUGGAGCCCCACCCCGCCACCUCCCCUGCUCCCCAGACUUCUAGCUGCAGCCCGGCGCAUCUGGACCCCUGCUCCCACCCUGAAGCUGGGUCUCUGGCAGGCGCCGACCGAGGGAGUCCCAUUCUCUUGGAGCCCGCACCCUGCCAUGGGCAGCGGGCAGUCAGGCCCUUUGCUUCUCUGCCCUCAGCCCCUGGGCUGGCGGCAGCGAUGGCACCCGUAGCCUUGGCUCAGCCCGUCAGGGGCCAGAACGGCACAUGGGCAGUGGCUCCCAGGAGCUUGGGGCCCUGCAGUGGAGGGUAUGGCGGGAGGUCGAAUGUCAUAGGGUGGACACUCAAGCUAGCUCCCCGCUCCUGUUCAUCGUGUUCUCGUGGAAACUAACCACACCGUGCCGCCGUGCCCAGGACUGCUGUACUCCGUAUUGUGAUCUCUCCUCAACAGAACAAAGGAAUAAAUGCAGCACUUGUUUCCUA